GGCUGGAGAGGCAGGAACGCUCUCACGGACAAAUGGCGUCUCUCCAGUGCGAAGCAGCUGAUUCCCCACUGAGCAAGGCAGCAGGAUCGGUGUCGAGGUAAACACACCACCCCCGGAUUUUCUGCAACACGAUAGCCCAUUGCUUUAUGCAGGAUUUCUGUAACAGGCUGACGGCUGGACGUUGCGCACUCAGUAACCGAAACUAGACCGCUGUUCCUGUGUACAAACAAUCGUGCUGUCAAGUUGAAAGAUACAAGGCUGUCAGCUGCAGCUUGUGCUUGCCUCUGUUUUGAUUUGGUACCUAUAAUCUUUCUGGCUGCUGGUUGUUGGCGUUGGCGGAUCACGGCCCUGAUAAUCGGCGCUGUAGGCGACAGUAGCAGGUCAAAUGUUUCCACCCCGACGUUGGAGGGACUCAUAAUGAACAUGGGCAUCACCCUCUUCGAGAUAUUCUCCUCCUCUGUCUGACUGGCUGGCCAUCUCUUCGCUAAUCCAAUUCAGGAGAUCAUCUUUUCAAUCCUUCCUGAGGUUACCCGAUCAAGACGGCGUUAUCUCAGAAAGCCAGCUCGGUGGCGGUGAAGAUGACGACAGCACGGUACCGUCCCACCUGGGAGCUGGCCCUGGACCCGCUCGUCUCAUGUAAGCUGUGCCUUGGAGAGUUUCCCCUGGAACAGAUGACCACCAUCACACAGUGCCAAUGUGUCUUCUGUACACUGUGCCUGAAGCAGUAUGUGGAACUCCUGAUCAAAGAAGGCCUUGAAACUGCAAUUAGUUGUCCAGACUCUGCCUGUCCCAAAAGGGGACACUUACAGGAAAAUGAGAUUGAGUGCAUGGUAGCCACAGACAUGAUGCAAAGAUACAAGAAGCUACAGUUUGAAAGAGAGGUGCUGCUGGACCCAUGCCGGACGUGGUGCCCAUCCUCGACAUGCCAGGCCGUGUGCCAACUAAAAGAGGCAGACACACCAGCGCUGCCCCAGCUGGUCCAGUGUGCCGUCUGCGCCCUGGAGUUCUGCUCAGCCUGCAAGGCCAACUGGCACCCCGGACAGGCCUGCCAGGAGAACAACCUGCCCAUCACCUCCUUCCUGCCAGGGGAGAACAGCUCUUUCUAUAAGAAUGAAGAAGACGAUGCACCGAUCAAGCGCUGUCCUAAGUGUAAAGUUUACAUUGAGAGGGACGAGGGGUGUGCCCAGAUGAUGUGUAAGAACUGCAAACACGCCUUCUGCUGGUACUGUCUGGAAUCCCUGGAUGAUGACUUUCUCCUGAUCCACUAUGACAAAGGACCCUGUCGAAACAAACUGGGCCACUCCAGGGCAUCUGUUAUCUGGCACAGAACACAGGUUGUAGGUAUCUUUGCUGGAUUUGGCCUACUCCUGCUGGUUGCCUCCCCGUUCCUCCUUUUGGCCACUCCCAUCGUCCUCUGUUGCAAGUGCAAGUGCAGCAAAGGCGAUGACGACCCUCUGCCAACCUAAACACGCCAUCGGAGAGGAGGCGCAGAGCCACCCCAAGGAUGGGCCAUCUUUUUUUCCUUUUCACCCCUUUACAUUCUUUUCCUCCCACCAGCUUUGAGUGCUUCAUUUUCCAGGCUGGGCCUGUGCCAGCCCUGGCUGCUUUGAGAUCCAUCGCUCUGCAUGGGAGAGGCAUGGGAGGAAAGCGACCCCGCUCCUUGGCCUGGAGGAGAGGCCCAGGGUCAAAGGUCAGAGGAGGUCAGACUUGUGAAAAGGACAGCAGCGUCCUUGUGUGUGAGACAUUGCUGGUGUGGCAUGUGUAGCAAGUCUGGCCCACUUCAAGGGGGCCUUAGCCAGUGAGUUACUGUGGUGUGGUACAUGUGGUGGCUUUGGUGGUACAUGUGGUGGGUCAUUACAAGCAAGCGAAAUAUAUAAGUGUUAAGAAAUGCUUUUUAUUGUUCUCUUGUAUGGACAUUAUUAUGCAGGUGCCACCUUUGAAAGAACUUUACUUUAUCGCUCUGUUUUGUUGGUUUGUCAUACGCAAAAAAAGCUUUUUUCCCCACCGCCACACUCUCUAUGUAGCUCUACAGCUUCAGUCAGUAGCAUUAGAGUUACACCACGCAUGCUUGGUGCUCACUCUGUUUGCACGCAGAACAUGGUUUCUUUGUCAUGUUCACGACUGAGGUAGAGAUGGGAGCCUGUUAACACUCUCAGCUCACUGUACAGCACGUCCUCUUGAUGAUGUCAAUGUUUUAUAACCUAUCGCUUUUAAUAGAACUGUGCUCAGAGUAGUGUCCAUGUAUCGUACUUUUGAGUGUCUCUCAAACCAUUUGUUAACUACAGAUAUUAAAGGGGAUUUCCACUCAAAUUUGAGAAGUCCUAUGUUAUGCCUGUGGUCCAGGGACUGAGUGAAUGAAUGGGAAACAAUUUUGUUGACCAUCAGAAUGCUAGCCUACAUUUUAUACCGAAAUUAGCUUUAUUCUGUAAGUAAAUAAGUAAGUGUAAAUUGCCAUCGCUUAACCAUUGGGUAUUACCAGUCACCUUUGCCAUCUUUCCAAAUCAAUUUUCUAUGGAGCAUCUCCAGACAUUAUACUUGUUGACCUCACAAGGUGGAGUCAUAGUACUCUUGUUUCUGGCUUUUGAAGAGGGAGUUCAUAUUGACUGAUGAAUAUUCAUGGACAGAGCACAGGGCACUAACAUAUGGGAAUUUCCCAAAUUGAGUAGUGUUCCCCUUUAAGGUCAGCAUUAAUAUUAAGUCUGUCUCUAGACUUUGUGUCCACAUGCUGUGGACACAUAUUAACAAUUCAUUGAAAAAACAGAUGUCACUUGAGCAAUUCUCUGACACAAGUUGGUGGUUUAGCCAAAUAGAAAUGAAUGGCCUUAAAUUGAGAAUAGCCAAAAACAGGAAUUUCCCCUGUGCAUUAUGAGUCAAAAAUCCAAAUCUGAAUCCCAGGGAAUGCCCAUUGAAAGACAUUGUCAAAGUCAGUCUGUGAAGCCCUUUAUUUUAUAGUUGAAUGAUUUGAUGAUGUCAUCCGUAUGCCACAUUGUUAAUAGCCAUACUGUACAACCCAUACUGCUGUUAUGACAACAACUAUCCUAACCAGAUGUUCUGUGUGAACCCGGGCCUGUAUUUACUAAGUCUCUCUGAGGAGGCGUGCUGAUCUGCAACCACCCACCCGACCAUCACCAUGAAUGAUCUGAAGCUGUACUGAGAUCAGACACUCUGCUCUUUGACACUUAGCAAAUACCUGCUUGCCCAAAUUGCAAACUUGCAUAUGUUAGUGGUCUGAGUGUUAAUGUUCUGUUUUGGUUGGUAGUCAGAUCUCCAACAACAAGCAGCUACUCCUUGCAGGGAUGUCAGAAUAGCCUACAGAAUAAACAUAAAAGAAUGUUCCAUUUUGGGCACAUUACUACAAAGCUGCUCUAUAUCACUUUAUCUAUGCAAGUUUGUACAUUACCAUUCUUUAAAGGUUACCGAUUGGUCAUAUCAACUGUCAGUAGGUUUAUCACUUCAAGGUUACAUAGUACAAGUUGCUGAAUGCCACCACACGUGCAUAUCACGGUUUUUGUUUAAUCAGGGAAUUAUUCAGGAACCAUCCACUUUUUGUCUCUCAUCAUCUAAUAUUCAUUUCUCUUACAUAUUUAUCUUGUCGUCGUUUAGCUAUAUUUGAAGCUUGUGAUUUUGAAAACAAGGACAAAUGCCAUUUUUUUUUCCUGAGGGCAAAGAAUGAGACAUAGCAGUGCUAAUCCGCCUUAGUUUCCUUUGUUAGUUGAAUAGCUUCAAGUGAAAUGACUACUCUACGUUAAACCAGGUUUAAUAGUUGACCAUUGUAUCAUAUACAGAUUAUUUCAACAUCUACAUUUCCAUCAGCACAGGUAUGUCUUGCAUUGAUCUUUAAUACUCCAUAAUUAUUGUUCUGCGAAACAAAUGACAUUUUUUGCUACCAUAGCCAUUCCAUUUUUAUGAACAUGCUAUUUACUUCAUCCCUCCUGCUGGUGUAAUCCACCAGUGUCCAUGUAGCAUUUCAUAAAAAAAAA